CGGCGGAGGGCGGGCCAGGUUGACUGGUCCGGGCCAUGCCGAGGAAGAAGCCCUUCAGCGUGAAGCAGAAGAAGAAGCAGUUGCAGGAUAAGCGGGAGCGGAAGCGAGGGCUUCAAGAUGGGCUAUGCUCCAGAACCAACAGCCGCAGCGGGAGCCGGGAGCGUCAGGAGGAGCAGACCGACACCUCGGACGGGGAAUCUGUGACCCAUCACAUCCAUAGGUUCAACCAGCAGCCUUCCCAGGGCCUGGGGUCGAGAGGCUACGAUCCAAAUCGGUACCGGCUGCAUUUUGAACGGGACAGUCGGGAAGAGGUGGAGAGAAGUAAGAGAACAGCCAGAGAACAAGUACUAACUCCUGUCAGUGCGGAAGUGCUGGAGCUGGAUAUCCGAGAAGUCUAUCAGCCAGGCUCAGUCUUGGACUUUCCCCGACGUCCUCCUUGGAACUAUGAGAUGUCCAAGGACCAACUAAUGAGCCAAGAGGAACGGAGCUUCCAGGAAUAUCUUGGGAAGAUACAUGGAGCUUACACUUCUGAGAAGCUCAGCUACUUUGAACACAACCUGGAGACAUGGAGGCAGCUGUGGCGGGUGUUAGAGAUGUCUGACAUUGUCCUGCUCAUCACUGAUAUCCGGCAUCCAGUUGUGAAUUUCCCACCAGCACUUUAUGAGUAUGUGACUGGAGAACUUGGGUUGGCCUUGGUGCUGGUCUUGAACAAGGUGGAUCUGGCCCCACCAGCUCUCGUGGUUGCCUGGAAGCAUUAUUUCCACCAACACUAUCCCCAGCUCCACAUCGUCCUUUUCACUUCUUUCCCUCGGGACCCUCGAACUCCGCAAGAGCCUAGUAGUGUCUUGAAGAAGAGUCGGAGGCGGGGAAGAGGAUGGACUCGAGCCUUGGGGCCAGAGCAAUUGCUGAGAGCCUGUGAAGCCAUCACUGUGGGAAAAGUGGACUUGAGCAGCUGGCGGGAGAAGAUUGCUCGGGAUGUGGCUGGGGCCACCUGGGGCAAUGGCUCUGGGGAGGAGGAGGAAGAAGAAGAUGGGCCUGCAGUCCUGGUGGAACAGCAGACUGACUCAGCAAUGGAGCCCACUGGCCCAACUCGGGAACGCUACAAGGAUGGUGUGGUGACCAUCGGCUGUGUGGGUUUCCCCAAUGUUGGCGAACAGAAAGGCACCUGGGAGUCUCAUCCAGAGACCACGGAGCUGGUGGUUUUACAGGGCAGGGUGGGGCCAGCUGGUGACGAGGAAGAGGAGGAGGAGGAAGAGCUGAGCAGCUCCUGUGAGGAGGAAGGAGAGGAGGACCGAGAUGCUGAUGAGGAGGGAGAAGGGGAUGAAGACACCCCAACCUCAGCUCCAGGGUCCUGCCUGGCUGCCCGAAACCCUUAUGCCCUGCUGGGUGAGGAUGAGUGCUGAGUCCCCAUCUAGAGCCAUCUUUCCUCCCAAUAUCUUUGCUUUUGGACUGAUCUGGAGGCAUCUCCCGUCUGCCACCCCGAUUGUGAAUAAAGAUUGUCUGCUUUGUAGCCCCUUCCCAA